AUGGUGGCCCAACUGCUAGGGCUGGCCUUUUUUCUUCUACCAUUUCUACCUACCAGUCUGGUCACCUUUACAACUUAUGCGGUGCAGAUCAAUCACAACGGGGAGGUGGUAUACCAGGACACCAGUGUGUAUGGGGUGGUGGGCAAAGCGGUGAUCCUGGAGUGCGGCACCACUUUACCUGACAUGUACAUAUGGAGCUUCACCAAGCCCGGCGCUGAAGCUAUAAAAGCUGUGGUCUAUGAUUUGGGGCAAGGACCGAGGAUCCAGAAGCUGGCUGAGACGCUCGGACAGCUGACGAUCAUCUCAAACAGUGCAGCUGUGAGCAUCGAGAAACUACCUCCGGCUGCACAGGGCCUGUUCACCUGCCAGGCCUUCUAUGACAUUGAACGAGAGCCCAAAGUCUACUACUACUACGUGCACCUCACUGUCCGAGUUCCGGUCAGUAAGCCUUACCUCCUGAUGAGUGAUGCUUCUCCGGUGGAAGGAUCUACAAUGUGGAUGCGCUGCAAUUUGGAAAAUGGGACCGGACCGAUCCAAUAUGUGUGGCAGCAUGAAACCCGGAGUGGCAACAUCUCAGUCUUUGCACAGGGCAACACCAGCGCGAUCAACGUGACCGACGUCAACCGAAACCACACUGGCUGGUACCGCUGUGUGGCCACCAACGCCGUCAACAGCGAGAGCUCUAACCGGUUAUGGCUGGACACCAUCUGUGAGUAUUUCUGGGUGGUUUGGGUUGGUCCAGACAUUCCUCAGAUAGACGUGACUCCGUACAGUAUGACAGAGCGGGGAUAUUCAGCCCUCGAGCGAGAGACUGUUUCUUUACUCUGUCAAGCCCAGUCCAACCCGGCCAGUCAGUACGUCUGGUUCUACAACAACUCCCAGGUCUACACCGGGCCGCAGUUCACCAUCACCAAGAUCCUCCGCAUGCACACUGGCGACUACGCCUGCUUGGCACAGAACACCUACCUCAACACCCGCUCCAAAAAAACCAUCAGCUUGACUGUCUACUACCCACCCGAUGGCCCCCCCUCCUGUUCUGUGCAGCCGGCUCUGAAUCACACCUCUCUGAGACUGCUUUGCUCCUGGCCUGGUGGAUUCCCCUCCGCAUCCAUCCGCUGGACUGGAGACCUAAAACGACUGGGACAGGAGGAGGCUGACACAGGGCAGCAAACAAAUCCACUGAGCAGCACUGCCAUCUUGCUGCCGUCUGAAGGCCUGAAGUCCAACAACAGCUUGUUCACAUGCAUGGGCUCCCACCCCGCACUCAAACAGUCAACUGAGUGCAGCACACGCACAUAUGUUCCACCUGCACUGCCAGUGUGUUUUGCCUAUGUGACUAACAACCGGCAGUAUUUGAUGCUGUCCUGCUCCUGGGAUGGAGGGGCCCCAAAGGCCUUGGUGUGGUGGGAGGGCCCGGGGGGCCAGGGCAAAGGCGGGCAAGAAAACUCAAACAUCCUCAUCCUUCGCUACGGCACUGCCCGUAGCGGGAAGCCCUACACCUGCCAUGCUAAACAUCCACUUCUGGUCCAGACCAAGACCUGUAGGCUCACACUGGAGGCCCCUGUGUUGCUGACUCAGCGAAGAGUCGUGUCUGUAUACGAGGGGAGCGAUGUCCAGCUCACCUGCAACCUGAGAGCCAACUAUCUUCCCGUCAGUGAAAUCACCUGGUUCAACAAUCAGGGUGUGGACAUCCAAGACACCUUGAAGUACACGCUGCUGCGAACAUCUGCAUGGGCCAAUCUGACUGUGAGAGACACGGAUGAGACUCAAGACAGUGGCGAAUACAGAUGCACCACCUCCAACGCAGUGGGAGGAACUGAAAUCAAUGUCACUUUAGUGGUCAAGAGGCACCCCAUGCCACCCAAUGCCACCCUGAUCAAAGUGAUGUACAACGGCCGGCAGCGUAACGAGGUGGAGCUGGAGUGGCAGGUACAGAACGAGGAACAAGGAGGUUGGACAGGUUUCAUCCUGGAGCACAGAUUGGUGUCAGAGAGACCAGGAAGGAGAGGCAGCAGCAAUGGUUCAAAAGAGGAGGUGGAGGAGAGGAUUGGUCCACAAGUCUGGUACCGUAACAUCAUCCAGGACCCAGAAGUCAGGAGUCAUACAGUAGGGAGACUGACCCCGACCGUUACCUACCAGUUCCGCAUCACGCCCAUCAACCACCGCACCAUCGGACACCCUUCUGCACCAAAGACUCCAGCGGAACCACGCUACAACAUGUACCCUGCUGUGAUUGGAGCAGCUAUAGGCGGGAUGCUCUUUGCAGCCAUCAUCACGGCGCUGCUGCUCGUGUACAUUAUCCGCAACCGCAACAACAAUCCUCGACUACAUGACAUGCUGUUUGGCUUGCAGCACAGCCAGUCGAGGGAAAACAUCAACUUCCCAGAGGAUGAAGUGGUAGGAGGGUCAGAGGGAGGAAUAGAGGAUAUUGGUGGAUCAUCCAGCCCAGUCUUUGGCAAACUGGGCUAG